GCGGAGGCGGCGGUGGUGGCGCGGCGCCAUCCGAGGGCGCGUGCGACUGGGCCUCGGCGGCUACGACUCCGACUCGGACUCCUGAGAGAGGCGCCUCGUCGUCGCGGCGCCUCGUCGCCCCGGCCUCCAGGAGGGGUGGCGAGGCGACGGGCUGGCCGCCGCAGGCCUGA